AUGGAAUCUGAAGAUAUUUUUCAUUCAACCUCCGCGCUAGAGAUUGAGGAGGUUCAUGAUUCUCCUCCAGCCGUUGUGGCUAAGGAACAUGAUCAUCAGAAAGAAGAUGAAACACAUUCUGCUCAAGAUGAUGAUGAUGAUCUUUAUGGUGAUGUGGAGUUCUUGAAGGAAAUUAAUUUUACAGGGAUUAGUGAUGACAUCCCGACAAAUAUAGAAUUUGAUCUUGAUGAUGAAGAAUUCGGUCCUUUUCUUGGAAUUCCCAGCAGCUGUCCUAAUAAAGUCGAUGAAGUUGCUUCUUUAGCUACCAAGACUAGAGAUGAAGGAAACACUCUCAAGAUUUUGCUCUUUACUUCAAAACCCCUGGAGGUUACAUCAAGCCAAGGAGAUAUGACAUCAGAGAUUCCUCCCUUUGUGUCAUCGAUCUUAACAUCUGCUCCAAUUGUUCCUGACUCAAUUGCCCUAAACCUCUCAGCCUUCCAUGGAAACAAGCCAAUCACUUACAAGUCUGGAGGUACCCGCUAUGAAGGUCUGAGUACCAUGUUUAAGACUGGUGGAUCCUCAUCCAUUCCAGAAUAUUCUCCCACUCGACCUUCUAUUAGAUUGGUAAAACACACAUGGCACAAUCUAGUCCAACCUCCUCACGUGGGAAAGGAAUAUCCUUAA